UCUGCUGAAUUUUACAAAGACCCUUUGAUAUCUUAGACAACAUCACAGCUUCAAAGUGUAUUCUCAGCGAUGUGUGGAAUUUCAAACAUUUUCUGCGUAAAAAAAGCAAAGCAGCGGGCGAUCACGUCUCCUCCCUGCAGUCCAGUACAUGGCAGCUGAAUUUUCACCAGUAUUUACAAACAACACGACCAGAGACGGUUGAGGUUUGAAGCCGCAGUGCGUAACGUUUUUUCUUUUUGUUGAUUUGUUUGGUCCUUGUGAACAGAAACGAUGGAACAUUAUUUAUACACUGCUUCAUUUGAAAACAUCAAGCAGAACCAUCAGAUGUCACCGAUGCGUGACGCGCUGGUGAAUCUUGUCUGUGAUUGGACGGUCGUUCCGCAGAAGUCCUGAAGGCUACACUAAUGUCAAGUAUAUGGGCGCAAAGCUCCAUUUCUCUGCUUACCGGUAUCCAUCCAUCCAUCUUCUACGGCCUUAUCCGCCACAUGAGGGCGCUGUGACAAUCUCAGCUGACAUAGGAUGAAAGGCGGGGUCACACCCUGGCCAUCUAGCUAGCACAAACAGUAAUGAGAAGUAUGCAGACUAGAUUCCAGACUCUAGGAAAGUGUGCUAGGGUUCAACAUCGACAUCGAGUGACUGACAGAUAAUUUUGCUUGGUUAUUAACGAAAGGUUUGCUAAAUUGUAAACCUCCCAAACCUGGUGCAUCACCAUGAAUAUUCCCUAGUAGUGGGGAAUAGACGUAAAUGUUUUCACCAAGUUUCCCAGCAGAGGGCGCUGUGGGCACAGCUUGGCCUGCAUCUGUGCCCUUUUUGCUAAUCAGAGGAAGACAACAGUGAUAUUGUUUUGCCACAACAGUAGAGGACACAAAAGAAACUAAACUGUCCACUGGAGCAGACACCAAAUGUGAAUGUUUUGAGUUUCUGGUUUUACUCAGCUGUUUUUGUGGUCAUGAAAAACUAUUGGGCAACAGUCAGAAUUUGUACAAAGGAUACAGGAAAAGUAAUAUAUUAAAAGAUUGAUAGAAUCUGGUUGUUUUGGAACUUGCCCUAGGUAUGAAUGAAUCAGACCUUUUCUUUAAAUGUAUUCAGUACAGUUUUAACUUGCCAUCUAUAUAGACAUAUACUUGUGAUGGUAGCCUUGAAAAGAGAGAGUGUGCUAUCCUUUCCUUCCAGCAUCUGAUCACAGAGAGUCCUGAGGGAAAAUGUUCUCAGCCAUCACCACUUGCAUCUGACCUGGUUUCACAGAUAAAAAGGCAGCGAAAAAAAAGAUAGAAUCAUUUAGGAUAGAGGAAAAAAAAACUGGUUUAUUUGCCAUGUUUGGGCCCCGAGCAUCUCAUUCCCUUUAUACUGCUCCCUUUAUCUUGUGACCUGGUGGCCUUUUCCACUGCACUGUUCCACACCUCUCUGUAUAUGACUGCUCUGCAGUGAAAAAGCUCAGCUUGUGGCGGCAGUCUGCUGUCCUUUGUUCUGUUUUCCGUCAGUCCAUCUCUUUGGUUCUGCUCCCCGCUGACUGUGUUUAUCUCCUUCCUAACCCGAAAUUACUUUUUUCUCCCAUUGUUGUGUUUAAAAGCACCAGUACAGCUGUUGAUUCUUGCGUGGACUCUUUCAUUGUGACAGUAAUAAUGGUGCAGGGUGUCCUCGAGGACACGCCAAAGAAAUUGUCACAAAACCUUCAUUUUCAGAGUGCUCUCCAUUCACAUAAAACGAAAAUGGCCAUGGAAUGUGUGUCAUUUGGCGCCCGAGUGAAAACCAGUGGGGUAAAUCGAAAUGGGGGAACUGAGAUAUCAAGGCUGCACCAUAUUAUCAGAUCUAAUUAGACUGUCUAGAGGACAUUUAAUUCCAACUGAAGAAAGUCUUUGUGAACCAAUCAAUAUGAGUCAUAAUUAAUUUACAAGCUCGGUUAUGUAGAAUGUGGUUGAUUACAGUGAGGGAGAUUAGAUUUAUAUUAAAAGUCUUUUGUGAAGAUGAACAUUUAUAUGUUUUACUGGGCGCUGAUUAAAUUUGCGGUUUGUCUCCGGCAGAUCAUACUCUUUUCUUAUCCCAAAUUAACACAUUUCUGGUCACAUUUUGAGCGAAACAGUAUUAUCUUGAAACCUUGUCCAUUGACAGCCAUCUUUGGAGUACCUCACACUCCAUUUGAUCUCACAGAGGAAAACUCUGAGGUUGCGGCUUUUGCGUCUCUCAUAGCCCACAAAUGUAUUCUCUUGUAGUUGAAAAGCCCAAAUUCUAUUACCUCUUGGCUGAGUGAUUUAAUGUCUUUUCUGUCAGUGGAAAGGGUGAAAUUUUAUGAGGUUUAUGAGCCAUUUUUUAUAGAAGACGGCAACCCUUUUAUAACAUAUGCAAAGACCCUUACCUCUCUGGAACCCAAUUGACAUGAGUUCUUCUUCUCUGUUUUUACAACGAGCACAAUGAGCAUCAUCUCAAAAAAAGACACAAGUGGACAGCAAGCUAUGGGUUAUCGAUUCCAAGAGCUACCACACCAUACUUAUGCAGAGUGGUCUCGAUAGCCUUUCUCAUUCAAUGGAGCUGCUCAGCAGUGUUCCCUUCCUCAAGUCAUUGCCAGAGGAUGUCAUCGUUAAAUUGUCUGAUCUCAUGGAGGAGAGAAACUUCACUGAAGGAGACUACAUCAUCCGACAGGGGGCCACGGGAGACACUUUUUAUGUCAUCAGCAAAGGCCAGGUGAAAGUAACAGAGAAGAAGCCCGGGAAUGAGGAGCAGGUAGUUCUUUCCAAACUCUCAGAGGGAAACUGGUUUGGAGAAAAAGCUCUGGCGGGAGAGAACACCUGGACUGUGAAUGUGGUUGCUGCUGGUCCUGUUACAUGCUUGGUAUUAGACAGACAGACCUUCAAAGACAUAAUUGACGGCUUGGUGUUUAAUUGCAGUCCUGAUGUGCAUCAAAGUCACGACUCCAAGGCAGAGUCAGAGCAGAAGGGCAGCGGCGUCCUCUCGUCUUCCACCUUAAGUGAUUUCCACAUCAUCUGUUCUCUGGCAGCUGAGGCAGAGUUCGGUCACGUAGACCUGGUAAAACUAAAGAGUGACGUCAAGGGGCUUUUUACCAUGAGGGUCCUUAAGAAGAAGCUGAUUAUCAACUGUGGUCAACGAGAGCACUUCCUGAGAGAGAGCAGAAUCUUAAUGGACGCUCACUGUCCUUUUAUAGUCAGGUUCCAUAAAACCUUUCGAGACUCUGAGUGCUUGUACAUUUUGACAGAGGCUUGUCUUGGUGGGGACUUGUGCCGUCUACUUAAAGACAAAGGAUGUUUGGACGAAUGCGGCACCAGAUUCUACACCGCGUGUGUCGUCGAAGCUUUGACCUUUCUCCACCGUCGAGGUGUCGUCUACAGAGACGUCAAGCCUCAAAACGUCGUCCUGGACGAGCACGGUUACGCCAAGCUGAUUGGCUCCAGGUGUGUAAAGAAGGUAGAGAUGGGUAAGAGGACCUGGACAUUCUGCGGCACACUGGGCUACAUGUCGCCUGAAAUCAUCCUCAACAGGGGCCACGGUGUCUCCACAGACAUGUGGUCACUGGGCGUGUUUGUGUUUGAACUGCUGAGCGGUGGGCUCCCGUUCAGCGGCUCAGACCCAAUGAAGAUUCUCACUGCGACCGUCGGUGGCAUCGAUCACAUCGACUUCCCAAAGACCAUCAGCAAAAACGCCUCCAGUCUCAUCAGGAAACUGUGCAGGAGCGCUCCCUCACAGAGACUGGGCGCUCGGAGAAACGGGGCCAAGGACAUUCAGAGGCACAAAUGGUUCGAAGGAUUCGACUGGGACGCACUGUGUGGACGAACACUGAACCCACCGCUCAUUCCCAAAAUGAAGCCGUCUUGGGACAGCAGUGUCUCGUGUGGAGAUUACACGGUGGAGUCGGUGGAGUCGUGCUCCAACUGGGAUGAGGAUUUCUGACACUGUGAGCUGUGAACUUCAUCACCUGCAGGUUCACUCGUCAUAAAAGAUUCUCUCUUCUCUGUCUCACUGACAACAAGGUGUCACUUAUAUUUUCAGACAGGAAACAAGCAACUACUGCCUUCUGUGUUCAGCUGAGAGAAAACUACCAGAACAUCAAGCAAUAUGACUUCACCAGUCACAUAGAAAAUGAUCACCUUAAUCCAUUAACCUAAAGUUCUAUUUCUCUUUCUUUGGCUGCUGGCGGCUGUUUUGCCUCCGCCUUCCCCGCCAUCACUCUGUGUCUCCACAGACACGAAAAAACGCAAACCGCUCUACACAGACAGACACCCACAGAGUUGUGUGGAGCUGACACACUUAAUCAGUAUCAGUAUUCAUCAGCAAACUCCUUUAAAAAUGAUUUGAAUGUAACGGACGUUUGUUUGCGGUGAAAAUGUACACACUGUAGCAUUAAUUUUGAAUUAAAAAACAAACAAACUGCUUUCUCAGCAGCUCACACUCUUGAAUAAAACUCACUUCCUCCCUUUGGAUGUUUUAUGAUCAUAAACCUUCCAACAUCUGGUUGCAGCUGUUUCAUAUAACUGUGAUCUAUUUUCUUUUUUUUACAUUUACAUUUUUUGGUUCUAAUGUCAUAUUUUACAGUCUGGUCAUACAGAUCUGCCAAAUUGUUGUCAUUAAUUAAUGUUCUUUCAAAAAAACUACAUCGUUUAAGAUACAUUUUGAAUCCCCUUUUGUUUUCCCACUCAGUGUUACUGUAAAUGAGGGUCAAUGCUCCAUGAUAUCAAGAGUAUAAUAAAUACAUACAGGUCGUAUGAAUGUGCUGUUUGUUAGUGUAUAGGAGUUGAGUGAUGUUUUUGUAUAUGAGACUGUUAUGAUAUUGUAUUUGUACUCACUGUCGUCCAGACAUGUCGUUCUGUAUCAUUCAGUGAACUUUUAUAUUUAGGAGGAGGUUUUCAACGAUAUCGCUGACUCUCCUUAUAUUUAUUUAUUGUUUUAAUCUUUCUGAUUUCUGUGUAUUUUAUUGUGCCAAAAUAAAUCGAAUCAAAAACUAAUGUCAUACUGUCAACAUCAAUAAAACAAACAAACUGAA